CUCUAAUAAUAUUUUUCUAAAAUGCCAUCUAAAAAGGAAGCUCUACUAGCGGUUAUAAGCGAUGAAGCAAAAUUUAUUGCUACAGCUGAAAAAGCCUUCAAAUCUGUCGAUGUAGAUGGUAGUGGUAAGCUAGAUCCUAGUGAGCUCAAAAGCUGCCUUGCAACGUUUAAUGCAGACUUUGAUGCACCUCCACCAAGUGAUGAACGGGUGCAGGAAUAUAUAGCAUUGUUGGAUACUGAUGAAGUUGAUGGACUGAUCAGUUUUGAAGAAUUUCAGAUUUUACUAAAAGCAAUGAUGACCGUGACAUUAGAAAUGUUAGAAUAAGAACAACUAAACCCUCAAUUUUAAAUUUUA